AUGAAGGAUAGUAAUUCAUUCCCUGCCGUGGCCUCGACGAGGCGAUCGAUAUGCGGUAAAGGGAAGCUAUCCUUUGGGCAUGCUUUAUUUCAGGUAGAGUCCACGUUUAGCUCGUGGGAUGUGAUUGCCGGGUCGAUCCCUUUCAUAUCUGCCAUUGACCAUGCGAAAAGGUGCACAUUCUGUUUGAGCAAUGUGACCAGUUGCUCUUUUAUCAUCGUCGAGGUCGCCACCGAUGCCAACGCACCUUUCCGGACGCGAUUCGUCGAUAUUCACCUCGUCGACGAGGGCCGGCUUUGGUCUCUGGUGGUAUGGAAGGCGUGGAUCCAUUUCCUCGUUUGCGGUCGAGACGACGGCCUUCAUCUCGUGGAGCCAUGGGGUGCCCAAAAUGGCGUUGUAAAUGGCUGGUUUAUCGAUGACGAAGAAUUCGGCGGCUUUGGUUGUUCCGCCGACGUGGAUAGGUAG